AGGGAGGUGGAGUACGGGUGCAGUCGGGUCACUUGUCGAGGUGCAGCCAACUCCGCAGCUCAGAUCAGCGUUUCCCUUGGGGAGGGGUUGGAGAGGUUUUUCUGGGGCUACAUCAAAGAAGAACUUGGAUUUCUCCGAGAAUGAAGCUCCCAGACCUUAGGGUGUGCCCUUGUCUGGAGAAGGGUGGAGCCCCUAGAUGGGCUGCGGAAUCAUCCCGCCCCAGGAUUCGGGAGUCUGUCCAGCUAGCGGGAGUGGGACUGCUGAUCACCCUUCUGAGUGCGCUCGGCUACUGCGCUCAGGCCCCAGGUUUGAGCAUGGCAGAAGGGGACACCUUGGUCUCAGUGGAUUACGAAAUUUUUGGAAAGGUUCAAGGGGUGUUUUUCCGCAAGUACACUCAGGCUGAAGCUCUACCCACCAGCUCCUGUCUUCCCCUUCACCAGCCCCUGGUGGCCAGGAUCCUGCAUACCCAUGUAUGCAUACGCGUGUUGAAGUCUGAGGACCAGUUACGGGAGUCCGUUCUCCCCUACCAUGUAGAUUCCAGGGAUCAAACUCAGGUCACCGGGCUUGGUGGCAAGUGUGCGCCAUCUUGCUGGAUCUCUAUAAAUUUGACCGCUCUGGCUAGCGCCUGGGUAGUCUCAUGAAGUACCUGUCCUUUGGCGGCUGCCUUCCUUCACUAGCAUCCUGUCCUCAGUGAUGUGUAGAUGCACCCACGUGUCCGGAGUCAGAACGUCUUUCCCUUUUUUUAAAAAUAUUUUUAAAAUUUAUUUAUUAUAUGUAAGUACACUGUAGCUGUCGUCAGACACUCCAGGUGAGGGCAUCAGAUUUCAUUAUGGAUGGUUGUGAGCCACCAUGUGGUUGCUGGGAUUUGAACUCAGGCCCUUUGGAAGAACAGUCUGUGCUCUUAACCACUGAGCCAUCUUUCCAGCCCCACGUCUUUCCUUUUUAAGGCUGAGUAUCAUGCUGUACAGUCUCAGGGUGGUUUUGAUUUGCCUUUACCUAACACAUCUUUAUGUGUUUAUUGGCAUGUAAAAGAUACAUAUUUGGAGAUCUUUCUAUUCAAAUCCUUGUCUGGUAAAUUGAGUUAUUUUUCUUUUUUUGUGUAUGUAUUGACACCUCUUUAUCUACUCCAGAUACUAAGCCUCUGUCUGUCUCUUUCCAUUUCUUUUUUGAGUUUGAGAUAAGGUCUCCUUAGCCCAGGCUGGCCUAGGACCUAAGAGCUAACCACAUAUCCACAUGCUUCUCUCCCUCUCCCUCUUCCUCUCCCCCCUGACUGCUGGGUUUAAAGGUGUAUGCUACCAUGCUCAGCACUAAUUCUCUUUUUAAAAACGUGCCUUUAUGUGUACAUCUGUGUGAGCGACUGCGGGCGUGUACGGCAGAGUAUGUGUGCGGGCCUCUAGAGGCCAGGAGAGGGUGAAGAUCCCCUGGAGCUGGGGUUCCAGGCAGCUGUGAGCCACUUAUUGUGGGUUCCAGAAUGAACCCAGGUCUUCUGUAAGAGCAUGUGUUCCUUCCUCACCCCUGAGCAUCUCUGCAGCCUCCACCUGGACACCAGUCUCUUAGCCAAUGCCCGAUGCUGACAUGCCUUCCAUUUUGGAGAGUUCCUUUUUCUUGAUAGGGUUCUUUCAGGCACCAAAAGUUUUCAUUUUGCUUGUUUGAGAAAGUCUCACUGCAUAGCCUAGGCUGGCUUCGAACUCUUGAUAUUCCUCCCAAAUACUGGGCUAACACACAGACAUCACCACUAUGCCCAGUGGGAUUACACAUAGACAUUAUCACCACGCCCGGCAAGGAUUUAUUUUUGAACUCCCAAUUUUGCUUUUUUUUUUUUUUUUUUUUUUUUGAGGGAGGGAGGGGAUAUGGGAACUGUACUUGUAGUUUUGUGAUUUGUCCUUUUAGUGAUUUAAGGUCCUGAAGAGCCACGCCUAUGUUUCUUCCCUUAGGUUUUUCAUGUUUAAAUCACUUAAGCUUUGGGGAGUUUUUUUUGGGAGCAGGGGUUGCAUAUUUGUUUGUUUGGCAUUUGGAGACAGGAAACAAACAAAAAAAAAGCAUGCAGGCUCUGCCAGAUGCCUCUCCAUGGAUCCUGGGCCAUGGCUCUCCUGGAUAGCCAUGUAUUCCUUAGAGAGCCAGGCUCCAGAGGCCUGAGCAGCGCAGCCUCUGUUCUCUCAGCUGCCCAGCAGGCAGUGCACACAUUUCCAUCCACUGUACCUUCUCUCCUGGUCAGUUAUCCCUUUCCACAGAUUUGCGGGACUCAUACCUACUCAGGCCAUCAGGCCCCAUGUAAGUUUUUCUGCCAGCUGGGCUAUCCCUAACAUACUAAAGUAGAGUUCUAGUUAUCAAUUUGAGAGACUUUCUUUUUAGGUUGAAAACAAGAACUGGUGAUUAGAUUUCUUAAAUCAUUCUUAGAAGGUUUGGCACAGUGGUGCACAUUCUCAAAGGCUGGGGGGCGGGGGUAUGGGCACUAAAAUAAACUCAAGACCAGCCUGGGUACAAUAGUGAGACCUGACCUCAAAAGAAACAAUUGAAAUGAAACAUUUAUAUAUAAAAUUAUAUAUAUAUGUGUGUGUGUGUAUUUAUAUUUAUAUAUACACACACAUACACACAUGCAUACAUAUCAGGGGACUGUGUAAGCAGAAAUGUUUUCAUUGGAUUUGUGUGUGUGUGCGCGCGUGUGCAUGCAUGUAGAUGUCAGAGGACAACUUGUGGGAGUCACUUCUCUCCUUCCACUGUGUGUCCUGGGGAUCUAACUCAGGUCACCAGGCUUGGUGGCAAGUAGCUCUUCCUGCUGUGCCACCUUGUUGGCCAUGGAAACUGGUUUAUGAUAUGGUGUUAGCAUAUAGAAAUUUCCUUUCAGAGAAGCCUAUUGGAAUUCCACUUGCUUCAUUGUUUUGUUAAUUUUUCCUGGGGAGACAUGAAUAAAUGUCUGUUCACCCUAGCUAGACUACCAAGAACUGACCAAACAAAUGAUUCCACGCAAGGGUAGCUUGGUAAACUAGUGAGUUUUAAUUUUGAUCAAACAUGAA